AUGUUAUUUCUAUAAAACAGAUAAAAUGCAACGUAAUUUCGUCAACAAUCAAUAAGUAAAGAGAGACGUUCAAAAGAAGAGCCUUCUCGUUUCGAACACCAGCAACAAGCACAAAAGCAAAUCGAAAGAACCUAUCUGGCACUGUUGCUUCCAUGCAACGUGAUUCACGGAGCAACUGGACCACGUAUUUCAACGCCGGUCGAGUGUGGCAUGGCUCUGUCCCUCCCUCUCAUACACAUACAGUAGUCUGGGGUGUGCAGUUAUACCGACUUUGCGAUCGACACUUAGACUACCUUGACGCCGGGUAAACGCUUCCACUCCCGCCACGACGCUGAACGCCAGGAACUCUGCCCCUCUGCUCGUCUUCUCUGCUCCAGGUACAAGAUGAAAAGCCUCCUACUCACAACGGCGUUGGUGUUAAUCGCUUUGGUGUCUCUGAGCAAGGCAGACAGGAGGUGCUACAACUGCACGGGGGACUGCGUCAGCGAGGACCUCUGCGAUGGGUCCUGCAUGACCAUAACUCACGAACUAGGCGAUGAGCCCGAAGUCAGAAGCUGCCUCAACGAAACGAAACCCGACGGAUGCGUGACGAAGGUCAUGAACGACCAGAACUACAAAGUGUGUUAUUGCAACACUCACAGAUGCAACUCAUCGAACUUGCCUCUCCGUUUCUGCCUGCUUCUUCUGCUGGUGUUGCUGUUGUGUUUUCCAAAAUAAGCUGUUAUAAGGGUGACUCUCUUUAAACUAAGGAAUUUUGCUUUUCCCUAACCGAGCAUUUAUGAGGGUUGUUCAUGUUCGUUCACAUUGGGAAAUUUUGUUUCUCCCGCACUGAGCCCGUUAUAAGGGUUUCAUCCCCGUUUGGAUCCAAAUCUUAAGGUUUCCCGAACUGAGCCGUUAAAAGGGUUAUCCCUAAUCAAAUUAAGGACUUCUAUACUCGGUUUUUUUCCAUCUGUCCAUCCGCCUGUGGUGUUUGCGUAUGGUAACACUGCAUCCCGGGCUUUAGAUGGUUACAUUCAUUCAACUUACAUUCAACAUUAAUAAUUACCCUAUUUCGAAUAUUAACGGUGUAAUUCGCAUACAGUAAAUUAUUAAAUCACUUUUCAUUUGCAAAUGUACGCCCAGAUAUCCUUUUGUCUACCUCAAACUUACACAUAGCGUAACUAUUUAAAGCCCCGGACCCAGUGUUACCACAGGCGGAUGGACAGAAGGAAAAAAACAGAGUAUAGGUUUUACAAAUCGAACUGUUCUCAAGGCUAUUCAUGUUCAGAUCGAGAAAUUUUGCUUCACCCAAAUUAGGCCGUUAUAAGGGGUUUUCCUGUUCGGACUAAGAACUUUUAGUUUUCCUUUCUAUUGUUGUUUCUGAAACAAUUCUCUUGCAAUAAUUCAUUUUUCCUUCUUAGCACAUAUGUUCUCAAAGUCUUGAAGGAAAGGAAACUGUUCAUGAUCUUUGUUUUGGCCCAACAACCUCUGUUGAAUACGUAUCCUGUAUACAGAUUAAAUGACAGGCUCUUUUCAUGCAGGACAUCUAUGGGCCUAUUUUGUCACUUUUAGCCAGGAACCAAGUUGAUCUAAUUAAGAUCUGGUGUCAUCAUAGCAGGGUGAAAGAGAGAGAGAGAGAGAGAGAGAGAGAGAGAGAGAGAGAGAUAAAUGCGACUAUGGGAGUCAGUUUCUUGCAACCUGAUGUAUAGCUUUUUGUAGAAACUCUUCAUUCUUUACCACAGUAUUUUCAAUAUAUUUCCUAAAUACUAAUGUUUUCUUUUAAAAAAAUGUAAUGAAAGAAUGAUACGGAUUCCUUAUAUUUUCAAAUACUUGUAACUGUUGUUUUGUAAUGUUUUCUGUCUCUGUUUCUCUAGUUUUCAUUUUUUUUUUCUUUUUUGUCUUUUAACUUUGAAUUCCAUUGUUUUUUUUUAAAGUCGACUCUUCAUUGAAACAUUAACUACCUUUUGGAAGACGUCCUCAUCCUCGCAAUGUGUGCUUUGACUUAGACACCUUAAUUGUAAAUAAGAUAACAGAGAUUUCUUGAGUGACUUUGUAAGCUUCGUAUUCGUAUUAAUGCUAUCGUGCCUUAAUAAGUAGAAUAAAUAAAAAACAAGCACACACCAACAGAACAGAAAACAUACCAACAGAUUCCUACAACACCUAAUUUCAACGAAUGUUUAAACGCAUAUACGCAAACACACUGUAUAUUGUGAUACAAUUUUUGUGUGAAGUGAUUGAUUUUAUCGGCCUCUUUUGUAUAAAGUAGGAAAGUGUGGUACAAAUAGUAGUCAAA